UGCUGUCACACUAAAAACGCAAAGAAGAAGGCCACGUGCCAUAAACAAGCGGAAGUUGGUUUACACUUCGCUUAUAUAUUCCCCAUCAUAACGUAAAACGUGUGUUACUUUUGUUUUAAAUAUCAUAUGAUAUCAUAGGAUCGUCGUCCACAUUCGUUUUCGUUUCAUCUCGUUGGAAGAGAGAAUUUAAAGUCAGUCGUAAAGGAAUUUGUGAUUGUGGAUCAUAAUGUUUUUACAAUGGACCCCAGCUCCUACUAUCAUAUUGUGAGAAACACAUUCUCUCACAUUUCUGCAAGUCUUUCAUUUAACGGGCCAUAGAUAUUAUUAUGAACACAAACAGAUAUUGGUUUACGCUGACGAUGCCACGAAAGUAAAAGUGAGUGGAGAAACUACAGCUAAUCUCGAAUAAUGCUGCGUCGUAUAUCGUCAGUGUGGUGCAGGUAUGGGUCAGAUCGCCCUGGAUUUUGUCUGGGAACAUCUGUUUUAUUAGCUGUCCUGCUGCUAUUGUAUGCUGGAGGUAUCCAGGCAUGCCUCAGUUUAGGUCCAGGAGGAGACUUCCCAAGGUUUAGAGAUGUGUUUCUGUAUGCUCUCAGUCACGAUGACCUCCAGUCUCUGCUGGUCACCGUUGUUCUCCUGCUGGGGUUUGGAUCAUGCCAAGAGCGCCGCUGGGGAACAGUUGCCUUCCUCUCCCUCUCCAUCUUGACAAUGGCCUUAUUGCCCUUUCUCUACACCCUGGUCCUCUUUGUGGGUGGGGGUGAGGCGACCCGGGUCUGUGGUUACUCCGGCAUCCAGAUAGCUCUGUUUACAGCACAAUGCCGACAGGUGACACAGAGGAGGCUGCUGAGGUGUGUGCCAGUCUGGUUUCUCCCCUGGCUUCUUCUGCUGAUUGGCCUUCUUGCGCUGCCCGGGACGCCUGCACUGCUUCAUUUCUGCUCAAUAUGCAUCGGCCAUAACUAUCGGCAUCCAUUUAUUGGGACGUUACAGGAGUAUGAGGAGACCAGGAUCUUGGAUUUCAUUCCUGACUGGGUGUAUGUUCGCACAACAGCCAGAUUCAGACUACCCACCUAUUCUACCUCACAGAGAUCAGUUUCUCAAACGAUGCUCGUAGAUCAGGCAGUCGCUCCUCCAGUAAGUGAAACCUCCGCUUUUAAUCACCACCCGUGGAUUGAACCGAUGCCUGCAUGGAGGACAGAGGAGUCUGCUCUGCUGUCUGAGGCAGAUGUUCUGGAGGAGCAGAUGCUAAGGGCCGGGAUACUGGCCUCAUUAGAAGAUGCUCCCGAUGACCCUGAUGCAAAAGUAGAGGUGUCCAAAUCAUCGGUUUCAUCUCUGCGACUCCAGCAGCUAGAGAAGAUGGGCUUCCCCACUGAGAAAGCUGUAGUAGCUUUAGCGGCAUCAAAGCAGCUAGAUGGCGCCAUUUCCCUGCUUAUUGAUGACAACGUUGGAGAACAAGCUGUGGUGGUGUCCAAGGGAAAGGGUCCUGUGCCAUCAAGAGGCACUUAGACAGCCUGACAGUCCUGGACUGAGGCAGCAACCAUGUGCUGUACACUGGACAUAGAUUAUGCUUGGGUUUUGCUGAGCUUCAGUAUUUUCCCUGUGGGUCACUUGUAGAACUGUUUUGAUGAUGAUUAGAAUUCCUGCACAUAAAUGUUAAUUUAAUUGUAGAUGCAAACUAUGUGACACCGUUUCUUUAUCUGCACGUAUAGACGCACAUUAGAGAGAAUGGAUGUCAUGACUGUGCUGUACAUCAUGGAAAUGUUUAAUCAAAACUGUUGUACCACAAAUAAAAACAGGGGACAUGUUAAAAAAAAAAAAAGAACAUUAUUUUAUUACACCGAUCAUCUAAACAGGAUUAUCUUAACACAGUAACGCAUUUGCAAGAAACAAAAAAAUUCAAAAUAUGAAAUGGUUACACAACAGCAUACAAAAUAAACUACAAUUCAUUGUUUUAAAUAGUUUCACAAUAAGUUUGAUAUAAGAUUAAACAAAAAGUCAUUUCAUCAGAACAGUUUAAGCAGUUUUAAAUUUACCAACGCAACAGUGGUGGUAAAAAAUAUGUUCAAGUUCUUUUAACAGCUUUGCUAUUUUUCUGUGUGUGUGUUUGUUAAAAGAUCUAGGAAAGGACAGCCAGGUUUCGACAUUACUCAAAAUUAUUUACGACCGUGUCUGCUGAUCUGCAGCCAAAUGUGAAUGUUUGUGAUUUUUUUUUUUUUUUUUUUUACAGAUUAAA